AGGAAAUCCCAUUCUUUAUCAGAACAUGGCGUCGCGGAUUCCUUUCUCUCUCUACAAACUCCUCCUUGUCCUACUUCACUCUCUUUCUCUCUCUUCGCCUGCCUAUUUCUCAGUGUUAAGAGCAAUUUUGCAGCUGAAAGGAAUAGAGCUACUUUCUUUGUGCAAAGAUGAUGUUCAAUUUUCCCAGAUUCUGUGUUCUGCUUUUAUGGGUGUUUGUCAAAGUUGAGGGGAUUGAAUCCCCUCAAUUCACAGUUAUUCAUACUGAAUCAGAUUUUGAGAUCAGAUUAUACAGAGAAUCCUCAUGGAUGUCUGCUCCAGUCCAGGAAAUUUCAUUUGUGAAAGCCACUAAACAAGGUUUUCAUAGGUUGUUCCAAUACAUACAAGGUGCCAACCUAAAUUCAUCUCGCUUAAGAAUAACUGCCCCCGUGCUAACAAGCAUUGUCCCAGGGGCAGGGCCGCUACAUUCCUCGGCUUACUAUGUCAGGUACUACCUGCCUGAAAAAUUUCGCAAUAUUCCUCCAACACCACUGCCUGAACUCAAUUUAAUUCCCAACAAAUGGGGCAGCCACUAUGUGGCAGUGAGAAAAUUCUCAGGGUUUGCAAUGGACAGUGACGUAAUUAAGGAGGCCCAGAGCCUAGCAGUUAGUUUGGAAAAGUCACCUUGGGCAAAUUCCACUGUGUCUGAAGAAGGUAAGUAUGCCUACUCGAUUGCACAAUAUAGUAGCCCUUUCAAAUUGAUUGGGCGUGUCAAUGAAGUGUGGGUUGAUGUUGUUGGGCCUGCAACUGAAGUUGGGGUGGAGUGAAUGGGGCUUGACGUCAUAGGAGAUGCAAUUGAUUAGUGUGAGAAACUUGUGUGUGUAAAAUGUAAAUAAACUGAACAUUGGACCGUGCUUGAUGUAUCUAUGUGUGUAAAUGCAAGUGGUUUGCUUUUGUUUUUGUCUCUGUGGAUAUUUUUAUCUCUAUGUAGAUCAUAUUGUGGUUUGUGUGAGUU